AUGCCCUGUGUGGCAGUGUCUCUAGAUAUACAAUCUGCAUUUAACCGGGCAUGGUGGCCCGCGGUCUUCAGUCGUCUCCGGGACAUUGGAUGCCCUCAGAACAUUUUUAGGCUCGUCAAUGAUUACCUGCACGACCGCAAGGUCGCUCUUCACUACGCAGGGGCCACAGCGUCCAGAGACAUGCGGAGGGGGUGCAUACAGGGCUCGGCCUGUGGGCCAGCCCUGUGGAACCUCAUUCUGGAUGAUCUCUUGGGCCUGGCACUUCCCUCGGGCUGCCGCAUUCAGGCCUAUGCGGAUGACGUCCUCCUUGUGGUGGGCGCCGGGGAUGAGCUUGCCCUGAGGGACGCCGCGUGCAGUGCGCUAGACCAAAUUUACAACUGGGGCCAGAGUUUCAAGCUGGUGUUUGGGCCCAGCAAAACCCAGGCCUUGGCCUUCUCUCCCAGAGCGGCUCGCAUCAGACUAACUAUGGCGGGGGUCGCCGUCCCAUUUGCUGACCAGAUUAAGUUGCUCGGUAUUAUUAUUGAUAAGACUCUGUCCUUUGCUCCCCACGUUGAACACAUCGUGCAGACUGCAGGCAAAAUAUAUAACCGGCUUGCCCUGUUCGCUCGCCCCACCUGGGGUCUCCACCCGGCCAACGUGGACUCCAUAUACCGGUACGUCAUCGUCCCGAUUGUGACGUACGCGGCCGGUGUGUGGGGACACGUUGUCCGGCAUCGGGUCCAUGCCGGGAAGUUGUUGGCGCUCCAAAGGGGAUUUGCCCUAAAAGCAACCAGAGCGUACCGAACAGUUUCCACCAAUGCUUCACUGGCUUGGGCCCGGUUCACACCACUGGACCUGGAGGUGCUGCGGGUGGCGGAAGUUGAGCGCACCCGGGUCCGGAGGACCACCAGAGUACUGCCGGACGACCUCACUUUAGAAUCCCCUGUUGGAAUUGAGGAGCUCCUGCAUCCUGCACAUAGGAUCUCGCCACAGAUCUGCACUGCAAUCUCACCGGAUGCCGUUAGUUCAGCAUGUCGGGGGGACACGGUGCAGAUCUACACAGACGGGAGCAAACAGGAGAACGGAGCGGUGGGUGCCGCGGUGGUAUGUGUCGACUUGGACGCGCGCCCCACGGUGCUCACCCGCAGAUUCAAGCUGCACGAUGUGUGCACUGUGUUUCAGGCGGAGGCGUUUGCCAUCCUACAGGCGUGCCGCCUGGCCUCGUUACGGGGAUACCGCGAUGCCUUGAUAUGCUCGGACUCCCUAUCCGUCCUGACCGCCCUGGAGCGGCGGAGCACGGUCGCGCCCAUCCUGACCGCGAUUCAUCGCAUUGUGCAUGAGCAUUCCCCAGUCGGCGAAAUCAGAUUUUGUUGGGUCAAGGGCCAUGCCGCAAUUCCGGGCAAUGUCCGGGCGGAUAUGGAGGCCGGGGCGGCGGCGGUCAUGAGAACGGCCCCAAACUAUUGCCACUUCCCGAUGUCAUAUGUCAAGGGGAUCCUGCGGACGGAGGCCCACCAGGCGUGGCAAACCAGGUACGAGGAGGCGCCCCAGGGGUCCCAAACAAAGAGGCUAUUCCCAGCCCUCGCGGACUUACUACGGUUCCGAGCGCUGGCUCCGAUGUCAUUCCAGCUGACACAGUUUGUUUCGGGGCAUGGGGCGCACCUCAGCUACCUGCACCGCUUUAAAAUUUCGACAACUUAUGCCUGCCCCUGCGACGGCUCCUCCGCUCAGGACCCUUGGCACCUAUUGGUUCACUGCCCACGCUUCGCGGCAAAACGCCUGGAGCACGACAUCCUGUGUGGGCUAAGAGGGGUAGAACCGUUCGACUUUGUGGCGUUGGGGGGAAAAGACGAGCUGGUGCAGUCGGUUGUGCGCUUGAUAGUAUAUAUCUACGACCAGAUAAAGUCAUUCAACAGUGGGGCGCAGUUAGAUCAGCCAUAA